CCCCUAUCACAGAACAAUGUGGAAACGGGUUUAAUCCCCAAUCAUAUAAAGAGGAAAGCGAGGGAACUCCAAAAGCCGCAAGGCGGCAAAAUUACCAAAUUUGUUGAAACACACAGAGCACUCUUCAUUUUCUCUCUCUCACUCACACAGAGCACUCAUAGGUAACCAUUUUGCGAUCAAUCACUGCACAAGAGAAAGUAGAAUCCAUCCCAGAAUUUCAGUCAGCAGACGCUGCCUAAGCCCCAGGCUAAUCAAACACCAUUAGAGCAUCCCAAAUUGAUGAACUCCGCACCUAUUAUUGAGGUGCCAGCAACACCAGCGACCAUCGUGGAAGAGCCUGCUACACCUGAGCCAGAGCAAGAGGCUCCUGAAAUCGACAUUGAAGAUGCUUACUCUAAAGAUCCUAAUGAAAUUCCUACAAUUGUAUUGAAUAUGGUGCAGUUCACCCAAAAUAUGAAGAACUUUGUGCAAAACAGUAUGGAGCUUCAACAUGAUGAAAUGUCAAAAGCCUUAAUAGCUUUAACUCCAGAAGCUGCUUCAAUUCCCACGCCUAAACUUAAGCAUAUAAGCCGGCUCAGAACUGAACAUCAAGUAUAUGAACUUCCGGAUUCUCAUCCUCUUUUGGCAGGGUUGGACAAAAGAGAACCAGAUGAUCCAUGUUCCUAUCUUCUGGCAAUAUGGACACCUGGUUGAGUGAUGCUCUCCAUGUUCUUCUGAUGACAUUUAAUACGGUUUUCUCAGCUUCAAAUAAAGGUAAUUACAUACAGUUACCAGUUUCAAAAAAAUAAAAAUAAAGGUAAUUAUAUAAGAACAAAAUAGCUGUUAGGACUUUUAGUGUCUUUAUGCAUCUCCUUUCAGUUGUGAUUUUCAAAACCGCAUGGCUGGGCAGUAGUUACAAACAACGAAUGUAUUUGACAGAUGUAUUAUCCCUGUGCUGUCUUAGCCAACUUAUAAUGAAGUAUGAAUAGGCUAUCAUUUAAAGCUAAUCUUUACAGGGUGCUGGUAUCAUGAAUAUAUUGAUAUACUCUUUUCAAGUCCUGCUCUAUAUGCUUACCCUCGAGUCUUAUUUAUGUUUAGUUAAGUACAUUAUAACGUGGUUUACUUGUUUAAAUCAUUACUACUUGAUAAAAUUUGGUGCAGCUCAUGUAUUAAGAAAAAGGGGUUUUGUAGAUACUUUUACGUGCCCGUAUAUAAACCUGCUUUGCUUUUGGGAAAACUUUCUUUUAAACAUUACCAUAAGAUUUAGUAAAAUUUGCCUCAUGUUGCGUGGUGGUGCCAAACCAGUUGUUUUGUAAGUUAGGAGCCAAGUGUACUGAUUGCCAUGGAAGAGUACCCAUUUUUAUUACUCUUUCUAUCCUUAGAAGAGAAAAUGGGAACCAACUAAGUUUGAGAUGUCAAUGGGCUAAAGGGCCACUAGCCUGUUGAAGAAUUCAAUUAUCGUUGCUAAUAAAAAUGACCAUCCUAAGUAUCAGCUACAAGUAAUCGAUUAUCAUCUCAUUUACUCAUGCUACAAUUUACUUACAUGUUAGACAAUACCUAUCUUCUUUCUUUCCUAAGGUUUAAAACAUCAUGGUGCUGAAUGUUGUUAGCUUGUUCAGCCUGGAUGGCUGCCUUGCUGAUUCAGUAGGACACUGCUCCCUAGUUUUCAUCUGGCUUUCCUUUUGUCCUAUUCAACUUGCUGGCUGGAAAGUGCAACCGUGCCAUCAGUGGUCUUGGGGCUCGUGUCUCCUUGUCAAAACCCCUCACACAAACAAACCCU